UCUCUCAUUAUUACUCUACCUACCAACGACUACUAGCGACUAUUUUGAUUAUCAUUGAUCCCACGCAAAAAAAUAAGCCAGCUUUAUCAGAUUACUGUUCGAGAAAUAAUGGCUAGUAGUAGUUCUGAAACAACUCUUUUAAAACUUCUGGAAUCUCAAGCAAAACAUAUGGAAUCUCAAGUGAAUUAUCAACAACAAAUGUUAACGAUUUUAACCAGUGUUGAUAAUAAAUUAUCAGCACUAAUAAAUCAUAAUGAUGGAACGACUGUUGAAGUUGGUAAUAACCCCGCAUCAGACUCUGGACAGCAAGUCAAAGACGAAGGGAAUCAUUCAAGACACUAUGUUAUCCCGGAACACCAGCAACUAUAUGACGCGGCAAAAGAUGGCAACUGGGGAUGGGCUGAGCAAUUUUUCAGAGAUCAUCCAGGGAUGAUGACGGUAGAAAUCACAAACGAUCAAGAAUUAGCAUUGCAUAUAGCUGCAGAUCAUACAAAGUGGGAGUUUGUGGAAAACCUUAUACAACUCAUGCCACCAGAAGCACUUGACCGAAAGGAUAGUAAGCAUGGGUUCACAGCACUUCACACCACUGCCAUGGAAGGAAACACCAAAGUUGCUGAAUUGAUGGUGGGCAAAAAUGGCACUUUGACACAAAUACGUGAUAAGCGUGGAAGAGUGCCACUCCACACAGCUGCAAAGUAUGUUUCUGAUGGACAAACUGAGCUUUUGAAAUAUCUUUAUCAGGCCUCUGACAAAGAAGUCUUCGCCGAUCCUCUUGGUGCUUCCCUCCUGUGUGAUUUAAUUGAUUCUAAUUUCUACGAAAUCGAUUUGUCUCUUCUGCAACGAUUUCCUCACUUAGUCACUGAGAAGACCGAAGACUCUGGUGCAUGUGCACUAGAAGUGCUUGUUCGGAGACAAUUUUCCUUUCGAAGUGGAAAUAAGACAGCAUGGUGGCAGAACCGUAUCUACCCUUUUCUUCAAAUGGAUACGACAGCCCCUGAUGAACCUGGCAGAAGUACAGCUUGUCAAAUGGACCCUACGGCUCCUACAGACCUUCCUAGAAAUACAGGAAGUCGAACCGACACAGCGGCUUCUAGUGACCUUGGCAAUAGUACAGGUCAACUGGAUGGAAUGGCCUCGAAUGACAAUAGCAGAUGUACGGUUCUUCAAGUUGGUUUGGCAUCUCCAAAUGACCUUGGCAGUAACCUAGUUUUUCAAGUGUCUACCAUCGCACCUAAUGGAAUUAGCAGCAGCACAGUUAUUCAAGUGGAUGCAGCAACCCCUAAUGAACUUGGCAGAAAUACAAUUCUUGAAUUGGACAUAGCGGCACCUUCUAACCUUGGGAGCAAUACAGUUCUUCAAAUGGACUUAACCGUUAGUAGUAAUGACCUUUGCAGUACAGCAGUUCCUCAAGUGGGGGCUCCUGAUAACGAACGCGGAAGCAGUACGGUUCUUCAAGUGGACACGACGACUCCUGAUAACUUUGACAGCAGUACAGUUCCUCAAGCUGACACGACGACUGACAGUGACCUUGACAGAGCAGGCACAGAGAACCGCCUUACGGGAAGCUCUAUGAAUUUUUUGACAAUGUGUCGAGAAAUUAUUUCAAAGCUCAUCCUGGUCCACCCCGUCACUUGCUUAACUCGAGUUCCUCUUAUUAAAAAACUUCGCAAGCAGAAGUUAAUUAACAAACAAGCCUCUGAAUUGGUGUCUAGUAUGUUAGAACAAAUAGAUCUGACGAAGAACAAGUCAGAUGUUUUAGAUUUUUUUAAAACAUCUAGCCUCAUGAAGACAGCUAUAAAAAACGGAACAACUGAAGUUGUAGAACUGUGUCUCGAGAAAUUCCCUUACCUAAUUUGGUCUGAAAUGGAGGGGCAAUCAAUGGUGCAGAUUGCUGUUAGAGAAAGAAAUGAAAAAGUAUUUAAUUUCCUAUGCAAAAAGAGCGAGGAAGAUAUGGAUGAACUGAAUCACAGAAUUGAUGGAAGAGGUAACUCUAUCUUACACCACGCUGCUAAUAUAGCACCCUCUACCCAAUUAAACUUGGUCUCUGGGGCUGCUCUUCAGAUGCAACGAGAAAUGCAGUGGUUCAAGGCGGUGGAAUUUAUUUUGCUUGAGAGGCACAGGCGAGUGAGAAACAAAGAAGGAUAUACUGCUCAACAGAUAUUUAUCGACGAACACAAAGGCUUGGUGAAAGAAGGAGAAAAAUGGAUGAGAUACACGUCACAAUCAUGUAUGCUAGUAGCAACACUUAUCUCCACAGUAGUGUUCGCAGCCGCUUUUACUGUACCUGGUGGUAGUUACAAUGAUGCUAACAGAAACAUCAAUGGCCUCCCAAUCCUUCUGAAUAAGAAUUCAUUUAUUGUCUUUGCAAUAACAGAUGCCUUAGCUCUCUUCUCUUCCAUUACAUCUAUUCUUAUGUUUUUAGCCAUCCUUACAUCAAGAUAUUCAGAAGAAGAUUUUCUUAGAGCACUACCACAAAAGUUUAUCCUAGGUCUCUCAACUCUCUUCUUUUCAUUAGCCACCAUGAUGAUAUCCUUUGGUUCAGCAGUAGAUAUUAUGGUUUGCCAGAGAUUGGCAUGGAUUAUAGUUCCUAUAGCAAUGCUUGGUUGUAUACCAGUGACAUUGUUUGUGUGGUUGUUAUUUCCAUUGUUUGUUGAAAUGAUUCAUUCUACGUAUUGGCCUACGAAACUUCAUCAAAGAACUACCAAGCGUAAGGUUAAUUGAACGGAUUAAUUAGUACAUAUUGCAAUUGCUUUUAUUUUCUUCUCAUUUCUCUUCCUACUGUUCUUCUUGGAUUGGUUGUGAGAUAGUGCAAGUAUGCUACGUUAUAUCUGGUGAAAAUAUAUACAAUUUUUGAAGGUAAUGAAGUUUAAGUGUUAAUCGGAA